AUGGCUCAUGAAUUUAUCUAUUCCGAAAUUCAUAGAGCGGAGAAAUUAGCAGAAAAUACUCAAAAUAACAAAGAAAAACAAUAUGAAUCUAUUAAACAAACAAUACUUGCCGAUCAAACUUUUACGAGCGAUGAAAGAUCACAUGCAAUAAAAUUAAUAAAUAAAAAAAUCGAUAAAUAUAAAGUUCGAGAAAAUAAAGGAACAAGAAGAACUUGUGAAAUUUGUCAAGGAAAAUGUCUAGCCACAUUAUAUUGUGAAUAUUGCGUUCGAAAUUAUUUAAUAGCACAAUUCUCAAACUGGACAUCUGAAAAUGAUAAUAUCGAUAAUUUAAUACGUGAAUGCCAAAUGGAAACACUUAAACCAGAUAAUAUAAUAGAAUGGAUCCCAUACAAUAAUUUACGAAGUAUUAAUUAUUUAACUGAUUGUUCUAAAAUUUAUAAAGCAAUUUGGAUUGAUGGAUAUUAUGAUGAAUGGGAUUCUAAAGAAAAUCAAUUAAAAAGAAUCGGAUAUAGCCCGGACGUGGUACUUAAGAAAUUAGAAAAUGUUGAAAAAGCCAAUAAAAAUUGGAUUGAUGAGGCAAAAUCCUACUUAAAUAUAUGUAGUAAAUAUGGAGAGAUAUUAACAUGUUAUGGUUUAACAAAAGAUCCAUCAGAUGGAAAUUAUAUGCUCGUAAUGAAUAAAUCGCACAUGAAUUUAAGAGAAUAUUUAAAACGGAAGCAUAACGAGAUUACGUGGAGAGAGAGGAUUCAUAUAACUGAUGAUCUUACGUUUGCUCUCUCCAAAAUUCAUAAGAAUGGAGUAAUCCACAAAAAUUUACAUUCUGGAAAUGUAUUGUUCAAUCAAAGAAACAAACAAUUUUAUAUCACUGAUCUUGGAUUUCGCGGACCAGCUGAUAGGCCAUCAAAUAGUAUAUAUGGAAAUCUUCCUUAUAUAGCACCCGAAAUUAUCUCCGGUAAAGAAAUUACUUUUGCAUCUGAUAUUUAUAGUAUUGGUAUUCUUAUGUGGGAAAUUUCAUUUGGAAAACCACCUUUCAUUUAUCAGGAAGACGAACUUUUCCUUGCCAUGAAUAUAAUUAAUGGGAUAAGACCAAAAAUUGAAUCGGGAAUCCCUUUAGAAUACAAAAAAUUAAUGAUGCAAUGUUGGGAUGCUGAUCCAAAAAGGCGGCCUAAUAUUGGAGUACUUAAUAAUAAAAUCUUUGAAAUGAGAAAACAUUGUCAAAAUAUAUCGAACGAUUCAAAUAGUAAUAAUAGUAAGAAUGAAGGCAUGAUUAAGAAAUUUAUUAAAAAACUUAAAGUUUUUCAACCAAAAACAAAUGAUAUAUUAGAAAUUAGCGAGAUAAGCAAUUUGAAUGAAACUGAUUAUAAAUUAUUUACAAGUAAAGUUUAUGCAUUUGAGGAUUUUCCUGAACCAAGAAAUGGAACGGAAGAAUUUCAUAAUCAAUCUUAUAAUUUCAGCAAUUCUAAUAAUAUCGAUGAUAAUAUUGUAAAAAUGAUGCAAUCAAGUAGUAUCUUUAAAGGUUCAUCUAAGGUACCACAAAUAUAUUCAAAUGAAGAUAUUCAAGUGGACUAUAAAAGAGAAACAAUACAACAAACAAAAAACGUAGAUAUUAAAGACGAACAUGAGUUAUAUAGUAAUCCAAAUCUUCAUUCUGAGGACCAAGAUGAAUUAGAAAUCCCUUGGAUAAUAUGAUAUUUUGGAAUUAUUUAAAGUAGCGAUAAAUUUUGCAAAAUUAGUAAUAGUAAAUAAAGGUAAUUUGCCGAUAUUCGAUAUAACGAUAUAAAAAACUCUAUAUAAAAAGUAAAAUUUU